AUUGUACCGCCGGAUGUGUCCCUAAACCUGUCCGUCAGCAAACAAUCAGUUGGAACGUUGCUUCCGCAUCCGAAGGGACUGCCUGCCAGGGUCGUCUAUGAGCAGUUGAGUGUUGGCUGCGGUGUCGCCUCUCUGUCCCUAUGGCGCACAGCGGUAGGAGAGAUGCUCCUGAACUCCCUGACUUUUCUCUCCUCAAGAGGCUGGCCAAGGACCAGCUCAUCUACCUGUUGGAGCAGCUCCCAGGGAGGAAGGACCUUUUCAUUGAUGCAGACUUAAUGAGCCCCCUGGAUCGUAUUGCUAAUGUCACAACACUUAAGCAACAUGAAGUCGACAAACUAUACAAAGUGGAAAACAAACCAAUAUUCAGCUCAUGCGAUCAAUUGUGCUUUCUGAUUCGCCCCCGAAUACAAACUGUGAAGUGGAUUGCUGACAUUGUCAAUGCAGACAAGGCCGCAGGGAAAUUCAGGAGAUACAAAAUCAUCUUUAAUCCACAGAAGUUCUACGCAUGUGAAUCUGUGUUGGAGGAGCAAGGAGUCUAUGGUGAUGUGAGCACUGACGAAUGGGGGUUUUACCUUCUUCCCCUGGACGAUGACAUCAUUAGCCUUGAGCUUCCAGAGUUCUUCCGGGACAACUUUCUGGAGGGAGACCAGCGCUGGGUGACUACUGCGGGCAGUGCACUUCACCUCCUACACUCUCUGUAUGGCCCUUUCUCAAAGAUUUAUGGAAUUGGUCGCUGUGCUAAGAUGGCAUAUGAGUCAUGGAGGGAGCAGGUGGAAGAUGGGGAGCCAAAAGCGCGCCAGCCUGAAAUUGGGAACGUCUUUCUCAUCGAUCGAGAUGUGGAUUUUGUGACUCCGCUCUGCUCCCAGGUAGUUUAUGAAGGACUGGUGGAUGAUAUAUUCAGGAUUAAAUGUGGCAGUGUGGAAUUUGGUCCUGAUGUCACCUCCACUGAUAAGAGUAUGAAAGUAAUGCUGAACUCCCAGGAUAAGGUGUUCAAUGAGAUCAGGAAUGAGCAUUUCUCCAAUGUCUUUGGCUUUCUGAGUCAGAAGGCCCGAAACCUGCAGACGCAAUAUGAUAAGCGGAAAGGCAUGGACAUUAAACAGAUGAAGACUUUUGUCUCUGAGGAGCUGAAAGGGUUAAAACAAGAGCAUCGGCUGCUGAGCUUGCAUAUUGGUGCAAGUGAGUCAAUGAUGAAGAAGAAAACAAAGCAGGACUUUCAGGAGCUUUUAAAGACAGAGCACUCUUUGCUAGAGGGCUUUGAAAUUCGAGAGUGCAUUGCCUACAUAGAGGAGCACAUAAACAGACAGGUCUCUAUGAUUGACAGUCUGCGACUCCUCUGCCUCCUGUCCCUCACAGAAAAUGGGUUACUGCCAAAAGAUUAUCGAUCACUGAAAGCCCAGUACCUCCAAAGUUAUGGCAUAGAGCACCUCCUCACGUUUGCCAACCUACGGCAGCUGGGACUGCUAGUGGAGCAGCAGCCAGGGGAAACCCUCACAGCCAUGGAGAGCAAAGUGGGAAAACUAGUGAAUGACAAGACUGCAGGAAAGCUGACCGAUGCCUUCUCAUCUCUGGCAAAGAAAAGCAAUUUCCGAGCAGUGAGCAAAAGACUUGCUCUGGUCCCAAAGUCGGCGGAGGAGUACGACCUCAGAAUCCCCCGGGACAUGGCCUACAUCUUCAGUGGAGCCUACAUCCCCCUCAGCUGCAGACUAAUUGAGCAGGUUUUAGAGCGUGAUGGCUGGACAGGGUUGGAGGAGGUUGCACGCAUGCUCAAUGGAAAUGAGUUUGUAGUGUCAGCUGGAAACAGCAGUGCAGAAACUCGACACAAGACCGACGCCCAGCGCAUCAUCCUUGUGAUGUUCCUGGGGGGCUGCAGUUACUCUGAAAUCUCAGCACUCCGUUUCCUCGGCAAAGAGAGAGGUUAUAAAUUUAUUGUGGUAACAACAGCCAUUAUAAACAGUGCCAGAAUGCUGGAGGCUUUGUUGGACAAUCACAUGUGACUCCUGAGUGCUUCCUGUAAGGACCAUUGGAGACAUCCGGCUCCAAGACUGAGUCUUCCAUGAGAGUCUCACAGCAAACGGCCACACAGAUCAAGACAUGGGAGAAAUCUGACUGUGCCAAGUUUGGAUGACCAAUGGAAGAGUAUUUUGAGUAGAUACUCUGCUGUUAAAUAGGCAGUUACUCAAAAGAUCUUAUGUUCCAGAUGAUUUCUUUUACACUAAGCUGCUUUAAAUAAAAAGUCUCAUUGGGCUUACUCAUUUUUAAAUGCUUCGAGUCCGAUUUGAUUAUUUUGUCACACCCAAAAAAUGCUGGCUGUAUAUAUUCAAAUAUACUGUAUA